AGAGGACAACACGUGUGUCGUGUGAACUUGGGCUACUCGGCCACACACUAGUUUACGGGUCCUGCCUGUACCUCACACUGUCAACAACGACCUUGGCAACCUCUUUAGCAUACGAUAUUGUGGUGUUGAUAACAAGUACGAAUUGUACAUGCCAUGUGAAACGUAAACAGAACAUAUUCCAUGCUCUUGGUCCAGAUUCAGUACUAGUGAUAGAAAGUGAUCUUGAUUACACGUAGAAAUAGUGUCCGUACAUUCGUGGUUCGUGGAGGCAUUAUCUCUAAGCAUAUCUACAGUUACUUGGAAAAAUUACAUCGUGCACACCCAGGAUAAUUUUAAUUGCAUCAAGGUUGUUGUCGUCACUGCCCGGGUGUGAGGGGUCACGAUGGAGGAGGCGGUCACGUGCCAAGUGUGCUCGGAUGUGUACCAGUCUGGACUCCGCGAUCCCCUGGUGCUGUGCUGUGGCCAUACCUUCUGUCGCAGCUGUCUCUCCAGCCUUCGUGUCAGGGGCGACUUCAACUGUCCCUCCUGCAGGCGAGACCUUGACCACAUUGACUUGGAAGAUUUGCCUAUCUGUUUCUCGUUAUUGGGUUUAGCAUCCAGCUACACUCAUUUCCAGUGUGAGACCUGCAGUGACCAUGGGGGUGACCUGACCUACUGGUGCCGGGGGUGUAAUGCGGCUCUGUGUGGCCUCUGUCUCUACUCCAGCCACCCACAAAACCACGAUGUCCAGCUAGCUAAAGUCUGUCUCCAAGAGAAGAAACACGCACUACAAGGACAAAUUAAACAAUACAGUCAAGUUUUAAUUGAUAAGAAAAAAAUUAUUACUGACAAGGCCAGCAGUUACUUUAUUAAGCUCAAAAGACUGUGUAUUAAUAGUAAUCGACUUCAUGAUGCUGAGAAAGAUGUGGCUGCCAUCUCAGAAGACGUAGAAGAAGUCUGCAACAUUGAUAAUAUGAUAAUCUCGGAGGUGAAGCUGAAGAGUUUACAGAUAAAACAUCGACCCAUUGUAGCAGAAGAUGACGAUGAAACAGAAACUGAUCACGUGGCUGAAGGUUUAUAUUCAAAUAACAUAGCCGAAGAAAACAGCCAGGGUGAUGCAGCCAGCGCCUGCCACCACAACACAAUAAAUGACGACUUUCCUGUAGACAGACGCCGUGCUAGGCUGGACUCCUGCGAUGGAAAACUCUUGCUACACACAAUCAGUGCUCGUGUUGACAGUCGCCUCUUUUUGCAGCUGCCGACGGAGGUGUUCCUAGAGUUGAGUGUUGGCAAGCAAAGUCUGGGUCGUGUAUACAUCGAGCUGUGGACUCACCUGCGUCGUGCACAACAAUUCCUGGCACUCUGUCUUGGCUCUUUGGGAUCUUCCUACGUCGGCGCCUCCUUCGUUGUUACCGCUCAUAACCAAGAAAGAGAAACCUUGGACGUUCGUAGAUAUGUACUUCCAGAUGGUUCAACAAGCAACAGGAUUCUAAUGAGUGACUUAGAGUGGGGUGGAAGGUUUUCAGGACCUGCAAAGAAACGAACAGUAAUGGGAUCCUUUUAUGGUACAGACACACACGGUUUUGGCAUCUGCACAAGAGGGCAGCCCUUAGGAACUUUCCAGUGUCCUUUCGGGAGAGUAUCGUCAGGGAUGGGGGUGGUGGAGGUUGCUGUCCGUCAUAACCCCAUCACCGAGGUCACCAUCACUGACUGUGGCAUCGUCAUCCCUGACCUCAUUCCUUAAGAUUUUCAUUAUUUCCGGCAAUUUGUCAAGGAUGCCAUUAAGGUACGCUUCUAAAUGAAAAACAAACAAACAAACAAACAAAAAAAAAAAAAAAAAAAAAAAAAAAAAAAUUCCUUCACUUCCAUGAUGAUUUUUUUACAAAAUUAAAAUUUUCCUCUUUUUCAGCAUUAAUUUUACUAGUGCGUUACGUUACUUUCUUAGGGGAUAUUAAGACUACAAACUCCCAAACUCAAUAAUUCUUCUUCUUGAACUGUGUGUGUGUGUGUUAGGUGCAAUUUUAUAAGCUAGUUAUUUUUUAAUAUAAUUGUACUGGGGAUAUGGAACCAAAAUAUGGCUGUGGAAAUUCCUUCCCACUGCAACUGAGCAUCUGUAACACAAGUGACCAGUUGGAGUCAUUACAGAGCUCAGGUCACUGGUGUAGUAAAGAGAGAUAUUAACUAGGACAUUGUUGGGAAGACGACACAAGGCUGUUGACUGUGGUGCUUCUAGGGCAAACAUCGAUACAUUUAACCAACGUGUUGUGAUUCAUUGCUGUCAUGAUAUAUUUUAUAACCUCUUGAUAUUUUACAAACUUUGUAUAUGUUCAAAUAUGAAGUAAUUUGUGUACUUAAUAAAGUUACGAGUCAUUUUA